AUGACCGUCUUCUCACUGGUGGCACUUCCUAUCAUCUUCCUCUCUCUGGUCGUGAGAUAUCAAAAAGAAAUUCGACAUUGGUUGUGGAAUCGUCAAAAAAAGAACCACCAAAAUGAGUGCGCAAAACCUCCGUCCGACCUCAAACCACAGCCCAUUAAGGGCAGAGAGCGGUACCGCGUCAUGAUGGACAUUCGCAAGCUAGACGCCCAAAAUUGGCUUACCCUCGACAAAAACUACAUGGACGAGCAUCGCGUGCGAGAUGCCCUGCUUCGCGAGAAGAGGGACCAGGUUAUCCAAUGUCUACCCGAAUCGGUCGACGCUUGCCACGAGGCACUUGAAGAGGUGUCCAACUUUUUGUCGCAGCGCUUUCCUAACAUGUUCGAAACUACCAUGUAUAACAGCAAGCCGCACAUUCAGAAUCGCAUGACUGGUGAAAUGUUUGAGCUCGGUGGCUCGGUCCCAAAUGAGAACCUCACUGACGCCCUGGAGGCGGCGGUGCGGCUUACGAUGGAGGAUUUGAGCAUCUUAAUGAGGAAUGAAGAUGAUGAAUAUUAUCUAGCUGCUAGUGCGAGUCUCUUCCCUACAGGAUGGACAGUGGACCAGCGAAUUGGGUGGACAAUCUCCCGCAUGCACGAGCCAGUACCAUUAUGGCACCAACAAGUAGCAACAUCAGUCAGCAAAUUCCUUGUCCGGCUAACCCCAAACUCUCCAAUGGAACGAUCCAACUACUUCGUUGAAGUUAAAAGUCCAAACGAGAACCUCUUCGACAUCCUCUAUCGCCCAGGAUCCCUCUGCGAGAAAAAACUUUUCAACCCAUCCCCUGAUCAAAUUAUCAUCCGCCGCGAACGACAGACGUUCCGCCGACUACCGCGCACAGGCGCUAUCCUCUUCGGUGUCAAGACGUUUUUGACUCCUCUCGACGAGCUCCCUAUGCAGGAGUUGGAAAAUCUGGCCAAGGAGAUGGAGACUUGGCCUGAAAACGUGGGUGAGUACAAGGGGAAGAAUGUGUGGGGUGCGAAGGUGAAGGAGUUUUAUAGAUCAAGGACGCAAGUUGAGAAAGUGGAGGUAUAA